AUGAACACUCUACCUCCGGAAAUCCUGCUUGAUAUACUGAAUAGACUUGACUUGAGGUCACUUUUGAAAGUAUCCCUCGUUUCGAAAGCCCUGCGAGCUGCAAUCCGCCCUAUGCUUUCCUUUGGUUUCACUGGCUGCCUGAAAGAAGACAUUGAGCCUUUGAAGAACUUCUCUGAUCAUUUGUUACUUGAUCCCUCCCUCGCUAGUCAAGUAAGAUCCGUGAAGAUCGAGUCCAUUCACUAUAGAUUAACUGAAGAACUCCAUAACAUACUUGGGCCUCUCCUUGAGCGCUGCCCAAAUAUACAUCAUCUCAUGGUAUCAGGGGAUCAAGAGACCGCAGAAUUUUUUAGGCGAUUGUUGAAGAACAAACAUCAUCUACGCCAACUUCAGUCCUUUACCAAUGAUUAUCAAGUGGCUUGGGAGCCCGCUGAGCCCUAUCUUCAAACUUGGAGCGCUAUAUUUGGACUUCAACAACUAUCAUUCAUUUCACUUGCUGGUUGCUCUGAUCGGAUGUACCACACUGGGGUCCCUGAAAUUCCGCCUGAGCUUCAAGUUACCGGAGAGAUUUCACUCCGUUCAAUUCAAAUUCAUUGGAGCUACUUGGGCUAUACCAUCCUUGCACGGGUGAUCCAAAGCUGCAAAAGCCUUGAAAUUUUCGAUUAUCAAUGGCCCAGUGGGUUUCUCCCUGGGGAUUCAGAUCCAGCAACAAUAGUGGAUGCACUUUCUUUGCAUAAGGACAGUCUUAAAGUUCUUGUUUGUGAUUUUCAGGCGAGAGAGGAUCCAUACCAUGGCGAGUACGACCAAUUUCCCAAAAAUCGAUCUUUGGAGGAAUUUUCAUGUCUCCAAAGGGUUAGUGUCACUCAUGAUUGUCUCCCUUUGCAACCAUUGCUACCUCCAUCACUGGAAGCACUUGAGAUUAAACUUCCUCACCAACCACCACACGCUACUCUGAUCCAGAACCUUGCGAGUGCAAGCCAUUCAUCACUAUCAAAGCUUCAUAGUCUUGCUCUAAAAUACUAUCCCUCCAAUAAUCCAGAGGGGAUUUCUGACGGGUUUCAUGAGAGAGUCAAAGUCACUACUUUGGGUUACGACAACUUGAUGUGGAACUAGAUGGCUGAUCUACC